AUGGCUCCCAAGGGAGACAAUGUUAUAGUUUCAAGUAUAAAGCUCGAGAAGAUACUAAGCAUGAAGGGAGGCAAAGGAGAGUUAAGCUAUGCUAACAAUUCCAAAUCCCAGGCCGAACAUGCAAGAUCCAUGCUUCCCCUGCUUAAAGAAACCCUAGACAGAGUGCAACUGAGCUCUCCAGAAGCCCCCUUUGUGGUUGUGGACCUUGGAUGCUCAAGUGGAAGCAACACCAUCUACAUUAUAGACGUGAUCAUCAAACACAUGGCCAAGCGCUAUGAGGCCUUGGGAUAUCACCCGCCUGAGUUCGCAGCCUUUUUCUCUGAUCUCCCUAGCAAUGACUUCAACACCCUCUUCCAGUUCCUCCCUCCUAUGGCCAACCACGGUGGUAGCAUGGAGGAGACCGUCGCAGCCGACAGCCACCGCUCCUACUUCGCUGCAGGGGUACCCGGCUCCUUCUACCGGCGGCUUUUUCCUUCAAGGUCCAUUGACGUUUUUCACUCGGCGUUUUCUUUGCAUUGGCUCUCACAGGUGCCAGAGAGUGUGCUAGACAUGAAAUCAGCAGCCUACAACAAGGGAAGGGUGUUUAUUCAUGGAGCAAAUGAAAGCACAGCCAAUGCAUACAAGAAGCAGUUCCAGACAGACUUGGCAAGCUUUCUCAGGUCAAGAGCCAAGGAGCUCAAGAAAGGUGGCUCUAUGUUUCUUGUCUGUUUGGGCAGGACCUCAGCGGACCCCACUGACCAAAGUGGCCUAGGCCUUCUCUUAGGGACCUACAUUCAGGGUGCUUGGGAUGAUCUUGUCCAAGAGGGUCUUACCAAUAGUGAGAAACGUGACAGUUUCAACAUUCCUGUGUAUGCUUCAAGCUUGCAAGAUUUCAGGGAAGUAGUGGAAGCUGAUGGCUCAUUCACCAUAAACAAGCUUGAGAUUUUCAAAGGAGGAAGUCCCAUUGUAGUAAACCAACCAGAUGAUGCAGCUGAAGUCGGUCGAGCCCUUGCCAACACUUGUAGGAGUGCGACCGGAGUGCUCAUUGAUGCACACAUAGGUGAGCACCUUGGCAAUGAGUUGUUUUCAAGAGUGGAACAAAGGAGCUCAAGACAUGCCAAAGAGCUACUGGAGCAUGUACAAAUGUUUUACAUAGUGGCAUCAAUUUCUCUUGCUUAA